UUUCGCAAAAGUGAUUCAUUCGUGCUGAUAAUUUGUGUUUAUCUUUGGUUUAGAAAAGUUGCUACCUGCGAAGGCGGCUGAUAGGAGGAGUAAUAAAAGAAAAUAAACGCACAACAGGGCCGAACGGGCGAAUGCCAAUCACCCACAGCUCAGUUUAGCCAACGACGUCACCGAGCGAACGUGCCAGUUAUUUUUAUAGAAUUUUUCCAUUCGAGCAAAUAUGGGUGACGAUGUGGAUUCGAAAACUCGCCUCGAACAGGGCAGAAAUAUUCCUCCGGCGCUGAAGAGACUGCUCGAGUGGGAUGUGGUCGUCACGAAGCAGUUCGUUAGUUUUAUGUUGAACUUUGUGCCACUACGGUCCCUGCGGACUCACUGUAAGGUGCUGGAAUACUCGUGCCAUGGGAUCGCCUGGUUGGCCGGUUGGCUAGCGUUUUGCUGGAUGAUCAAUCGUGCGGACUGGUACCAGAUGCAGGUGAAUCUGUUCGUCGGCCUGCUGACCGAUAUCGUAAUGGUGGCCCUAAUCAAAGCGGCCACCCGUCGUCGCCGGCCAGCCAUCAACGAUGACCCACUGUGCUUCGGUCCUGAUAAAUUUAGUUUUCCGAGUGGGCACGUUUCUCGCGGUGUGUUCAUCACCACGUUCCUGAUCGUACUCGAUCCGGUAACCGUUGUGUUGUGGCCACCGCUGCUCGCCUGGACGGUAGCACUGGCCCUGUCGCGACUGCUACUGUAUCGUCAUCACAUCCUCGACGUGUUUGGGGGGAUCAUUUUGGGGUUGUUCAACGCACUGCUCAUCUCGCUCAUUUGGUUCGACCAGGAGGCAAGCGUUUGGCUGAUAAACUGGAUCACCGAUGAGCGUGUGGCCGGAGCGGAAUAUGCCGUAUAAAUGUUGUACCGUACAAUCUCUAAUGUAUAUUAGCACGCCAAAAAUAAAGGACCACCACAGGAUCGUCCGGGUUUAUUGUUCGAACCUAGAAAGUAAACAUUUCCACCGCCUUGGGCACGAGCGUU